AUGGAGAUGAGUGUGAAGGAAGCCAGUGCGGCCGCGAGGUCUGAAGGGGGAGAAGUGGAGGGGGUCCCAGGAAAGGUAGGUGGCCCAGAAGUGGUGGAUGUUGCCUCAGAGGUCAUGGAGGUGGUGCCAGUGGUGGUGGCGAUCGCCGUCGGGCUCGUAAAGGCCGUCCCCGAAAGGCAAGUGGAGGACGAGGCUGCUGGCCCUGGGCCAAGGAGGGAGGAACAGCCCCAGGGGGGGCUUGCACCUCAAGAAGGAGGAAUUGGUGCGACCACGACGAUCUACCAUGCUCGUGCGGUGGCGGGGCGGCUGGAGGGAGAAGAAGGCCCAGCCAGGGCAGGGGCAGACUAUCUUGUAGGGAUUGUAGAAGAGGCAGCCCUGCGCUCGGUCUUCAGAUUUAACGAGGCUGAACUGCUAAGGGGGUUAUACUCCAUUCAAAUGGAGGUAACCACCUUAGUAGGGGCCCUGCUGAGGAAGGCGGGGGCUGCCAAACUCAAGACAGAUGAGGCCAAGGCUCAACUUGCAAAGUUAAAGAAGAAGAGUGCAAGUUGGGAGAGUGCCCACACUGAGCUGCCAGCAAAGAAGUUGGAUGAGGCCCAAAGAGCCAGCGCCGUCGCGGUCGAGCGACAUGAAGAGGCUAUAAGUAGUAAUGAAGAGCCGGUGAGGCAAAAAGAUGAGGCUGAUGGCAAAGUGGGCGAUCUCCAGAGGGAACUGGAGGGCGAGCGCGCCAAGGCAGUGGAGGAGAAAGGGAGGCUUCAGAGGGAGUUAGAAGCAGAGAGAGUGCAGGCGACGACGGAGAAGGAGAGCCUGAAGAAGGAACUGGAGGCGGAGAAGGCAAAGGCGGCGUCGGAAAGGGCAGCCCUGCAGAAAGAGCUGAAUGAAGAGAGGGCAAAGGCAGCCUCUGAAAGGGCGACUUAUCCCGAUUUGUGUGUCGCAGUAGUGGAGCAAUUCAAAGGGUCUGCCGAAUUUCAGACGGCGGUUGAUGCCGCGGUCGCGAGUAGCCUGGCUGGGCAAGAAUCUGGGGAGGCUGGUCCAUCGAGGACGACCGCUGGAGGUAGAACUGAAGCAGAAAUAAAUGAGGCGUGGGCGAAGUGUGUGUAG